CGCGACGGUAAAAAGGUAAACAAUAAAAUCAAAAUUUUGUCAAAAUAUUCUGACAGUAAACCGUUUUUAUAUCCGUAAAAAAAAACGUAUUACCGAUGAUAAAUUAGUUAUUCGGAUUGAAUUAUUAUCGACAUUACGUCACAAGAACAGUGUUUUACUAUGGCUCGUAAAUCGUUUGCUCCCAACACUCAGCCACUGUUUGCUUUGGAGGAAUCGUUCUACCCAGAUGCCUGGCGAGAUGACUCACGAAUGGGUGUACUGCUGUCCGAAUUCCGAACCCGGUCAGUCAACCCGGAGAACUACGAUUCCAAAAUGAGAUUCUGGAAAGAGCUGAUAGCAAAAUAUUGCGAGCAUAAGGGUUCCGGAUCGGUUUCCAUCGUAGAGCUGAAGCGAGUUUUUCGUCGGAAGGGAACGAGCCCAUACUGCCUACCAGCGGUUUUCGAGGACAUGGUGAAAGAUGGAUUGUUGCAGGCGAAAAACGAGUUCUCCAAGGCGCCUCAGGAGAGCUGGGGCGGAUGGGCGUUAGAUGCUCUGGUGAAGCGGCCCCUAGGGUGGGGAUUCGGUGCUGUAAAAGACCGGCUGGUGGGAAACGUGCUGGAUGAAAGCGCGGAAUUCGUUUGCAACGACGUAAUUAAGAUGCAAUCUGAUACGAUAGAAAAAUUGAUACAGAAGGAAAACAAGCACAACAUGCUGUUAUCGAAAAGCGCUCUCUUGGACCUAAUCAAAGAUCUUAAUAUCCAGAACGAUGGACUGGAUCUGGUACUUCAGCACUUACAGCGUCGACAGCGUAUUGUUAUGGAAAAACUGCCAUCCGAAAUGGAGCACGAGAAAAAGAUCCUGGUGAAAUUUGCCGCACCCGGAGUGCAGGCCCAACCCAUAACCGAUAUCGAACGGUCCAUCUACAAUUUGGAACAAACCGAGCACGAACUGAUGAAAGUGAUUGACAAGCUGGAGCAAAACAUUUCCGACGCGAUGGUAAUAGUAAAGGAGAACCUCCGGCAGGGCAAGAAACAGUUGGCCAAAUCAAACUUGAAGAAAAAACACUUGCUCGAGAAAAACCUGGAAAAGAAAAUGAACGUACUGGAUAACGUUCAAAACAUGAUGGCGCGUAUUCACGAUUCGCAGAGCGAUCGGCAUGUCAUUGACGCGUAUAAGAUUGGUUCGAACGCUUUGAAGAACGCAUUUGCCGACACUGGUAUUACGUUGGACAGUGUGGACGACACCUUGGCGGAGAUGAAGGAGAUCAUGGAACAACAGGACGAAAUGCAAGCAAUGAUCGGUGCUCAACAAAGUACAGAUGUCGACGAUCUAGAGCUGGAACAGGAACUGUCCGACCUACUCGACAUGAGUUUGGCUGCAAACAAUGUAACAAUCACACCGCCAAGUGCUCCCACUGUGAACGGACCAGCAGCGCCACCGCCCGCCGGUCAACCCACUCUUGCACAACUGAACGAGUUUGACAAGGAAAUCGAAAAACGACUGGCUGCUCUGAGAAUGGACGUUUCUUCAACGCCAUCAGACACGUCAAUCAUUGGUGAUACACCGGCUCGGCCCAGAGUAGCGGAACAAUAAUUUGUUUUCGACCCCAGCGUAAAUUUUUGGAAUCUAUGCUGAUGUUCUUGUAAAAAUGUAUUCUUAGGUAUAGGUUUUUGAAACAAUAUACGCUUUAAAUAAAAUAUCUUUAACAUUA